AUCACUGAUUUAAAGUUUUUGUUAUAAUAAUACAAAUGAUCAAAAAACUAUAUGAGUAAAAAUCAUCAUUUAAUAUAUAUCAAUAUUAAAAAUACACAUAUAUAUAUGUUAAUGUCAUUUAAAUUUAAUUAUAUACCAUAUAAAAUAGAAAAAAUAUUUUUUGGAUUAAUGAAAUUUGUUUGUGUAGUCACACUAAUUUAAUUAUAUAUGUAAUAAUUAAUGUGUUUUAAUUAUUAAAUAUAUAUUGAUUAUUUCAUAAAUAUGUAAAAUAAUACAUAAAAAUAGUACAUAAAGUUUAUUAUGCGGAAGACGCAGAUCUUAAACUAGUUGUAUCUUAUUAUAACUUCACUACAAUGAUGAAAAUGAUCUUAUCCUUUUGAAAUGCAUGGACGUAUUAUUAAAUACGUACGUUUCUCUUGGGUCGUAUCCGUUACUGAACAUUUACCAAAGAUUUAAUUUCCUUUAACGUCUAAGUAUUGAAGGAAAAUCUGUUGAUUACUGGGGAAUAGGCAAUCAAAUAGUUCUAACAGAUCUCUCAUAAAUAAAAAAAGGAUAAGGAUCAUAUAAGUCAAACCUAAUCCAGUUUCUAAAACUAAUAAAAAUCACACAUAAAUAUUUUAGUAUAAUUAUACAUGAGAUAAUAUCCACUAAAUGAAAGUGAUCCUUAGUAACAAAUGAAAUAAUCCUUUUAGCAAAAAAAAAAAAAACAAAUAAUCGGAAUUAAAAGAGGAUUAUAUGUGUUUAUCCAACAAUCCUUAGGUAAACCUUGCAAAAGACGUAACAUGGAUCUCAUUAAAAAGGCAAAAAAUCCGGUCAAAGGACCAAUCAGGCAAUCACUGUUCUUAUAAGAUCUUAUACAUAAUUAGUGAUGAACCAAUCGAAUAUUUCGAAUUUAAUUAGUUACCAAAUACAUUUUCCGAUAUAUCCGAUAAUGACGAUUUUAAAUGGAUAAAUCUAAUAGAUUUUAAUUAAAAGUUUAAAACGUCUAGUGGAUUUGACUAAACAAAGUGAUCCUAAACGCUUCUAUAUAAACACCUCCUUCAUUCUCUAACACUUCUCACAUCCAAUACCUAAUCUCUCCCUCUGUUCUCUAAUUCUCUAACACACUCAUCCCACAAAUGGCUACAUCCACCGGCGAGAAAAGCUUGAUCGUUUCAUUCGGCGAGAUGCUCAUCGACUUCGUUCCCACCGUCUCCGGCGUAUCCCUCGCUGAAGCUCCUGGCUUCAUCAAGGCCCCCGGUGGCGCACCUGCCAACGUCGCCAUCGCCGUUUCCCGUCUCGGUGGCCGAGCUGCUUUUGUCGGAAAGCUAGGUGACGACGAGUUUGGCCACAUGCUCGCCGGAAUCUUGAAACAAAACGGCGUAUCUGCCGAAGGUAUCAACUUCGAUACUGGAGCUAGGACGGCGCUUGCGUUCGUGACGUUAAGAUCCGAUGGUGAACGUGAGUUCAUGUUCUACCGGAACCCUAGCGCCGACAUGCUCCUCCGUCCUGAUGAACUCAAUCUCGAUCUCAUCAAAUCUGCUAAGGUGUUCCACUAUGGAUCGAUAAGCCUCAUUGUUGAGCCAUGUAGAUCUGCUCACCUGAAAGCCAUGGAGGUGGCUAAAGAAGCAGGUGCGUUGCUCUCGUACGACCCAAACCUGAGGCUGCCAUUGUGGCCCUCGGAGGAGGAGGCUAAGAAACAGAUCCUUAGCAUCUGGGACAAAGCUGAAGUGAUCAAAGUCAGCGACGAAGAGCUUAUGUUCUUGACUGGGUCUGAUAAUGUUGAUGAUGAGACUGCUUUGUCUCUGUGGCAUGAUAACUUGAAACUUCUCUUGGUCACUUUGGGUGAAAAGGGUUGUAACUAUUACACCAAGAGCUUCCGUGGAUCUGUUGAUCCUUUCCAUGUGAACGCAGUUGAUACAACUGGUGCUGGUGAUUCAUAUGUUGGUGCCUUGCUUUGCAACAUUGUUGAUGACCGUGCUGUUCUAGAGGACGAAGCUCGUCUCAGAGAAGUGCUUAGGUUUGCGAAUGCAUGUGGAGCCAUUACGACUACGAAGAAAGGAGCAAUUCCAGCUCUUCCUACAGAAUCUGAGGUUCAGAGUCUCCUCAAUGGAAACUGAUCUAGGAGUCUAGGACAUGUCUGGUCUUACGAUUUCACGUUUUUUUAAUUUCCUUUUGUUUUCGUUCAGUGUUCAGAGAACAGUUUGAUUCUGUUAAAUGUGUUUGUAUUUUGAGUAACUUUCAUAAAUUAAAACUCUCAAGUUUAGGGAACGAUUAUUUA